AUGGCGAACAACGUUAAGACGGAAGCAGUUUCGGGAGAGGAUAUUAUUACUACUUAUCUUUCAGGGGACAUAAAUGGUUUGCUAACGUACAAUAAACUAUGUAAGGCUAUUGAUUUUUUGAACCAGUGGCACUCACAAGCAGUCAUUGACUUUCUUCGUCAAUUUGUGGACAUCGCCCACCUUUUUGAUCAUCGCUGUAAACAGCUCGUGUUCAAAUUUGUUCAACUUGAUUGGCAGUUUGUUCCGAGUGAAAUUCGACCUCAGUUCGUGAAACUUCUUCGAGAUAUUGGUGUACAAUACAUUUGUCAUACUGAACCGGUUAUAAAAUGUUUCGUGGGACACCUGUUUGCUAAAGUUCAAUCUCUUUCUAUUACUAAUCAAAAUCAAGAAAGUAAAAACUUGGUAGAAAGAAAUAACACUGCGUGUGCUCUAUGUCUCGCAGAGGAAGAACAGGAAAAUAUAUACAAAUUGGCAAGUGAUGGAUUGGCAUUUAUAGUGAAGUGUUUUCCUCUGGCAAUGAAAAUUCUCGUCAAAAGUAUUCGUCAACGUUUUCCGCAUCAUUCGGUACCAUCAAUUCGAUAUGUUAGUUAUGUAAAAAAUCUUAUAUUAAUAUGUCAAAAUAUCCCGCAGUGUCGAGAGGAUAUUUUUUGCAUCAUUACUGACGGUCUUGCUCAACUCGAUGCAGUGUUAACGAAGGCAGAAAAUUCAAAAAGGAAAGAGGAUAGCUUUGAUGGUGGUCUGAAUAUAUUUUUAUUGGAUGAGGAAUAUGAAAUGAAAGUUAAUGAAGUGCGAGAUAAUAAUGAUAAGGUGGAGAAGCUGGACACUUGCAUGUGUAUUAUGUUCGAUUAUAUAGGAAAACUUUGCAGUUUGGGGGAGCCAACAGAAAUAGAUUGUGAUUAUUUUCCGUCAGUAUCCAGACAAAAAAAAGUAUUGAAGGAAUUAUUAAUUGUAUUCGAGGAGCAUCUUUUAAUGGCACAUGGUUUGAAAAACAUACCGUUCCUUUGGUUCUACGUUUGCAGUUUUGAUGAGAGUUAUCAAAAACAUUUUCUGAGCUGGUUAUGGAGUUUCAUUACUCGAUUGAACCAGACGCCUAAUGAUUGGAAGAAAGCGCAGGGUGCUGCUUGUUAUAUCGGUAGCAUCCUUUCUCGUGCUUCAUACAUUAAUCUCAGUACAGCGAUGCAGUGGUUGGAAGUAUUGUCACAUUGGUGUACUACUUACGUGAAUGAAAUGGUUGAUCGAACAACUAGUGCAACAGUGGGUUCGACUCGACAUGGAACGUUCUAUGCUGUCUUCCAGGCCUUUCUUAUUGUGUUUUGUUUUCGAUAUCGUGAGAUAGUACAAGCACAAGAGAUGGCCAAAAUACAUCACUGGGGACUGGGACAUAUUGUCCACAGCACACUGGAGCCUUUGUCGUGUAUUAGCCAUCCAGUCGCUUUAUGUUUUGCAACAAUAAGCAGGUCUAUGCAGCUUAUUUAUGUGAACCAUAUUUUACCAGCAAAACCAGCAGAGAUGAUGCCUUUCGAGCCUCAUUUUCCAUUUGACUCUUAUAGUUUGGAGAGGUCGCUGUCUUUUAUUGCACCGCUUAUGCGGAAAUUUUCACCUCUUGCUGAAGAUGUGAGUACUCUGGAAAAUGAAUUAUUAUGGAAAAAUGUUAUCGAGAGUAUGGAUUACCACACUUAUGAGGAAGACAAUGGCUCGUGGGAAUUUCUUGAUGAUAUUAGGCGAGACCAAAAUGAGUUCGAACAAGUCGAAGAAAAGAAUUCUUCUCUCAAAAUUGCCAAUGAAUUUUUAACUCUUUAUUCAUCAUCACCUGGACUAAAACAGUUCAAAAUUUCACCUUUUCUAGGCGCUGAUCAAUAA